CUCCCCUCUCACAACUACAAUAACGAUGCUCUCUGUUCUCCUCAUCCCCAUCCUCCCCAUUAUCUACCUCAUCCACAAAUACUUCACCGACCCCCUCUCUCGCAUUCCCAACGCCCAUCCCCUCUCACCAUAUACCACCCAAUGGAUAACCCACCACCGCAACCGCACCACAGAAGUGAAAGCCAUCUACACCGCCCAUCGCGCCCGCGGGCCCAUAAUCCGCCUUUCGCCCACAGAACUCAGCAUCAACUCGCUUGAAGGCCUGCGGGCGAUCUAUACGCAAGGCGCGUUCGAAAAACAUGCGUUCUAUGCUGAGACGUUUGUGAACUUCCAUACGCCGAAUAUGGUCGGUAUGCUGGAGAAUAAAUCCCACGGGGAACAGAAGAGGUUGCUCAGUGGGGUUUAUGCCAAGAGUUAUCUGCUUAGGUCGGGGGAUAUUAGGGUUCUGGGAAAGGAGAUGGUGGCUGGGAGGCUGAGGGAUUUUUUAAGGAGGGUUGUUGCGAAAGGUGAGGUCGUCAAUGUGUUGCCUGUUCUUCAGGCUGUGGGGAUGGAUUUCACCUCUGGGUUUGUGUUUGGAACGCAGGGUGGGACGAGGUUUUUGGAGGAUUUGCCUUCUUGGGGAGUGUGGUUGGGACAGUAUGAGGCUUUCAAGAGCAUGAGUAGGGAAGAUAGGUUUAUGGGUUUCGUGGAGAGGUGGUGUUUGGGGUUGUGUGAGGGGGUUGGUCUUUCGAAGGAGAGUGGAGGGCCGGUGACGCAGGCUGUGGUUUAUGAUCGGCUUCGGGAGGGAUUGGAGAAAAAGAAAAAGGUAUCUGGCGAGGGUAUAAAUGUGAAGUUAGCUGUUGCAUCGGAGAUAUUGGAUCAUUUGGUGGCGGGGCAUGAGACGACUGGUAUUACCAUCACGUAUAUCAUGUGGGAGUUGUCGAAGAGGCCGGAGUUGCAGACAAAAUUGAGAGAGGAGCUUGCUACAUUGUCUGGGUCGUUAAGGCAUACUAGGGGGAUGGAAAGUGAACUACCUCCGCUAGCAGACAUCGAUGCACUUCCGUUGCUAGAUGCCAUCGUCCGGGAGACUCUCCGACGACACGCACCGGCUCCGGCACCGUUACCUCGGGUGACUCCACCAGAGGGAGCAUGGAUACAUGGGUAUUAUAUCCCCGGUGGAGUGCAGGUCGGUUCCUCUGCAUACUCGCUGCACCGAAUUGAAGAGGUCUUUCCGUCUCCGGAGGAGUGGAUUCCUAUGCGUUGGAUGGAUGCGAAGGAUGACAAAAUCCACGAUAUGCGGCGCUUGUUCUAUCCGUUCGGAACCGGAGGAAGGAUGUGUCUGGGGAGCAAUUUUGCAUUUCUGGAGAUCAAGCUGGUUAUAGCGAUGGUAUAUGCUAACUACUCGCCCGAGGUUGUGGAUGAUGAGGAUAUCGAACAGCACUUGGAGUUUAUUGCGUUGCCAAAGGGUAGGAAGUUGAUGGUUCGGUUUGUUCCCGUCGAGGAUGGUACUGUUUGAUAUUGUCAGAGAUGACAGAGGAAACCUUAGCCCAUCCUGAGCCGGGAAAUUGAUAGAAGCUAUGGACAUACCUCCACCUCAAAUAUGGUACUCAAUCCCAUAUAGCCGAAUGUGCCGUUCUCAGUGUUCAGUGACCCAGCCAAGUUUGCAACGUGAGGUCUGAGCAACCGUCAUCGGGGAAGCACACUCUAGCAGGAAUGCCCACGAUACUGUCAAAUCUUCUGUUGUUGAUAAAAUUCGUCGGACCACGAUACAUUUCAUUAUGAGAGGGCUGAUACGGCCUCAGGCCCUCAACCCGUUGGACAUGUCGUCCCGUGAUCCGGCAGAAGGAGAGACUGGCACCUGCCGAUGAGAACAACGGCUGGAAUUCCCCUCAUUCAUCACAUACCAACACUCCAUUCACCUCUAAG